UGAUUUAGAAUUUGAGGAUUCACGUAUACAUGCUUCACGCUUCCAGUUUUAUAAUCGAUUUACAGAGAACAUUCUGAGUGAUAAACCAACAGUCGAAUCAUUCCUAAAAGAAGUGGAAAAGUCAUCCAAAUUUAGAAAAAACGCARUAGUCACGUCUAAAGUCUUUAUCGGCGUGAAGGAUUUGGAGCUAUUCCUCUACGAAACCUUGUAUGUGUGCAUCGCACUGGCAAUAACCCUGGUAGUGCUGUCCCUUAUCAUSACAGCAAGCUURAGGACGCCAUUUGUCUUACUUUUCAUGUUUGUGUUACUUUCCUGCGAAACUAUCACUGCGACAUUUCUUCUUGAAGUUUCUUUAAACCAGCUCUCAUUUACUUGUUUAUUCUUGAUUUUCACUUUGACAUUUAAUUCAUGCCUUUACUUAUCCAAUUCCUUUAUUAUAUCUACAAAGGUCACCGCAAAAGAUCGUGUAUUUGAUGCGGUAUAUUCAGCUGCGUCGCCUAUUUUUCUUGGCUCUUUGUUGUCUCUGUUGAUAUCUGUUGCUUUAGGAUUUGCGUUUCCCAGUCUUUCGGUACUUUUCAUAAAAGUUGGUCCUAUAAUAAUCACUUUUGGAUUGCUUAAUGCUUUGAUACUGUUGCCCUUUCUGCUGACAUCAUAUGGAAACAAGUUUACCAAACGCUUUGGACAUUCUUCUGUUCCACUGAACUCGUUUAUAAUUCACCGAGGGCAGCGACGCAAGAGAAAUACAGUAUUGGAAAUGCAAACAAAUUCAAGCGAGGCUCCAAAAUUUCCUUGUAUAAGUAUCAUUGGUAUGGCAUGUCGGUUUCCUAGUGCCUCCAACAAAGACGAAUUUUGGGAUAUGCUUACAAAAGGACGUUGUACAGUUUCAACAUUUCCAGAGAACCGACCUGAAGAGUUCAAAGAAUUCAAAGAACGCUACCAUCCCAAGCGUUUUGUACCUGGACGAAUUUGCACCAUGGGCGGCAGUUACCUGGGAAAUAUCAAAGGGUUUGAUGCUGAUUUUUUCAAUAUUUCUUCCCAAGAAGCAAAUACAAUGGACCCACAACAGAGGAUACUUUUGCAAGUUGCGUAUGAAGCAAUCGAAGAUGCUGGAAUGAGACUUGAAGAUCUCCAGACAUGCCAAACGGGCGUAUUUGUAGGCCUGAUGAAUUCAGAUUUCGGUCACUUACUAACGCGUGAUAAGGAAUUACCUAAAACAGACCAAUUCCGAUCAACUGGUGCUUCAGCGUGCAUUGCUUCAAAUAGGAUUUCAUUUUGCUUUAAUUUCAAUGGUCCAAGUAUGACUAUCGACACUGCCUGCUCUUCAUCGUUAAUUGCAUUAAAUUUAGCUGCAGAAAGCUUGAGGAACGGUAAUUGUAAUGUUGCAUUGGUAUGUGGUACCAACGUCCUUUUGAGUAUUGCAAAUCAAGUUUCUACUGGCAUGGCUGGCCUUCUAGCUCCGGAUGGAAAAUGCAAAAGUUUCGACUCUUCAGGAGAUGGCUAUGGGAGAGGCGAAGGCGUCGCAGCUAUUGUUAUAAAGCUGUCUGAAGACGCUGAAGGCGACAAAAAUGAUAUCUACUGUGAUGUAAUCGCCUGUGGAAUGAACAACGAUGGGGCAUCUGCCAUUCCUAUGACUGCUCCAAGUGUCCAUGGACAAACAGAAUUAUUUCAAAGAGUGUUAAACAGAUCAGGGGUUACAGCAAGUGAUGUUAGCUACGUUGAAGCUCAUGGAACUGGGACCGCUGUUGGGGAUGUCGUAGAAACGUCUUCCAUUGCAAAUGUUUAUGGCUUUAAAGAAAGRGUUCUUCUACUAGGCUCUGUAAAGUCAAAUUUGAACCAUACGGAGUCUACUGCAGGUCUUGCUGGGCUGAUGAAGCUCGCUCUAAUGCUAAAAAACAAAGCAUUAGUCCCCACGAUCAAUAUCCACAAUCUAAAUCCUAAACUCAAACUCCAGGAAAAGAGAAUGGUUGUCCAGGAAACCUUGGAGCCCUGGGAAARCAAUAAUGGAAAUCCCAGAAUAGGAGCUGUUAAUUCUUUUGGUUUUGGCGGGUCGAAUGCUCACGUGAUUCUUCGUGAGGUCGUACRACCGAGUUACGAUUCGAAUGAAUUGCAUCAAACCUAUGGCAGCGGCAUCAACAUUCUGACAUUAUCAGCGCGGUCACGUGAUGCUCUCAAGGARAGUGCGCAUACAAACGCACAAUGGCUUCUAAGCUCCGAAGGGGCUUCCAAAAAACCGAGAGAUAUCUGUUUUUCGCUGAAUGAGCGCCGCACUGCACAUUCUCAUCGUUUAGCAGUGGCCUUUAACUCAUUCGAUGAGGCAGCAAAUUUAUUAGAAUCAUUCUCCAAUGGUCAGCAAGGAUGGGAGAAGUUAGUUAGCGUCGGGGAGUCUAAUAGUGAAAAGCAAAAGGUCUUGUUCAUGUUUGGUGGUCAAGGUGCUCAGUGGUAUGGAAUGGGAAGAGAGUUGUACGUGAAGGAAGCAACUUUCAAGGAUACCAUAUCGCAAAUCGAUAACGUGCUGCACAAGCUUGGAGAAAAGUGGAGUCUGAAAGACGAGCUAAUGGCAACAGAAGAAAACUCCAAAGUCAAUGAGUUGGUCAUCGGGCAGAUUGCUACGUUUUCAGUGCAAUUUGCAAUUGCAAAGUUAUUGAAAUCAUGGGGAAUUCACCCUUCAGCUGUAGUCGGUCAUAGUCUUGGAGAAUAUGCAGCCGCGUGCACUGCUGGGGCACUAUCGCUCAAGGAAUGUCUCAAAUUAGUCUUGAUUCGAGCAAAACUGCAGUCCCGAUGCCCACAAAAUGGAAGCAUGGCAGCACUUGGAAUGCCGGCAGCCAAAGCCCGACAUUUAUUAGAGGAGCUGAAGCUUGAGGCUUCUGUCAGCAUAGCAGCCUACAAUGAUGCCAACAGUGUAACAUUAUCAGGAGAUAAGACGUCUAUUGAUUGUUUUGGCGAUUACCUGUCAAUGAAUAACAUAAAGGUUUUUUGGCGAGUCCUUAACACCCCUCGAGCCUUUCAUAGUAGUCACGUAGCACCAAUCGAGAAAGAGUUUAAAAUGACUGUUCAAAAGGAAAAGAUAAGACCAAAGGAACCAUCUGUCCCUUUCUAUUCCACAGUGGAAGGACGAACAGUUCUGGGGAGGGAAUUGGAUUCUUCUUACUGGUGGCGUAAUAUCAGAAAUCCUGUGCAAUUCCAUCAAGCUAUCAUAAGUGCUCUUGGCAAUGGAUGUAAGAGAAUUGUAGAAAUUAGCGUGCAGCCUACUCUUGCCCAUUAUAUCAAACAAAUCGCAACACAAGAAAGUCUCAGCGAUGACAAUAUACCCGUAGUCUUUGCAACUUUACCUCGCAAAACAGUGAAAGAGCAGCAUAAAUCAUUUGUUCAAAACACCGUUUGUAGUUUAAAUGUUAUUGGAUAUCCUAUUCAGUGGCAUCUCAUCCGUGGAACAGCUCCAUAUUCGUUUGUGCGCACCCCGUUGUACCCUUGGCAGGAAAAAGAGUACUGGUUCAAWAAACAUGCCACAGAGGAAACUGUACGUCCAUUGCAGUCAUCAUUAGGUAACAGACAAGAAUCCUACAAGGCUCCGCAUCCUUUCCUUGGUAAGACUCUCACUACUCAGCAGUUUACUGGGAUUUCAUGUUGGAGUGUAGAGAUAGAUCUUUAUAAACACCAAUACCUGGAAGACCAUGCCUUGGCACAAGGUGGUGCUAUUAUGCCAGGUGCUGUUUACAUUGAAAUGGCACUAGCGAUGGCUAAAGAUCGGUAUCCGAGGGAUAAUAUAGAGCUACAUAACGUCAAGCUGACAAAUGUCCUUACUUUAGGCGACAGUCAGGUUAGAUACCUUAGGCUCCGUCUUCAUACCGAGAAAUACCCGCUUGCAGAAUUUAUCAUUACAACAGUCCAGCAAGAUGAAAGUGAAUUGAAACUUUGCAGUGGAGAUAUAUCAUUUGAAGCCGCAAUUGACAAGAAAGCACAAGGAACAACGUCGACUUCUGCAAGGGAUAACAUUGGUAUUGCCCUUAAGAUAGCACAUUUCCAAGAAGUAAUGGAAGUGAUGCCUAUGGAAGAAUUCCAUCAUAUUGUCAAAACAUGUGGUUUCGCCUAUGGACCACGAUUUUCCCUAAUUAGGAAAAUUUGGAAAUCUAAAGAUGAAGCACUUCUGCUCAUAACCAUGGAAAGUGAAGCCUUUAAAGUUCAGGAUGCUGAAGAUGAACUCAAUAAGUACUUCGUUCACCCUUCUGUUCUUGAUGCUUGUCUUCAAUCGUGUUUUGCAACAGUACCAGAUAUACCAAAUGCUUCGAACAUCGUACCUGUUGGCUUUAAACGCAUACAUUUGAACCGGCACUUGGCAGAUAAGAACACCGUGUGCCAUGUUGUGAGAAAUUCAAGCCGCACUUGCUUCGAUGUUUCACUUAUGACCAUGGAUGGAGAUACAGUUUUGAAGCUUAAAGAAUAUGAAGUUGCAGUGCUGGAAAAUGUACAAAAAAGUACUUCCAAUGCAGACGGCAACCUAGCCUAUGAAAUCACGUGGAAUCCUUUUGAAUCUCUCACUACUGUGGUUUAUGAAGACCAAAUCGGCGUAGUUUUGAUGGAUACCAGUCAAGCGUCAGCUUAUUACUGUGAAGUCCUGGAGAAACGUGGAGUUGAAGUAUUUCGUGUGCAGUUUCCUGAUUCAAGGGACUGCGCAUCAGAGGAUGGAGAGAACAUUGAGAAGGUACUGACCCUUGCAGCACAAAGGUGUGAAGAGAGCAAAAAGAGCCUCAAUAUUGUGAGCUUCUGGCCUAUUGAGGCAGAUCUCGUCCCUGAAGAUACUGCAUCUAUAAAUCAAGCACAAAACAUCACUUUCAAGAGUUCAAUAUACAUAUUAAGGCUCGUUGGUACCUUAACCGGCAUGGAAGGGACGAUACAAGUCACAUUUGUCACCCAAGGAAUUGUUCAUAUAAAAGAACAGAAUUUCCCUACCAAAGCUGCGAUUCCAUGGUCAUCUUCAAUCUGGGGUUUAAGAAGAACAGCAUCAAUGGAAUAUCCAGGUACUUCAAUAAGAACAAUAGAUCUCAGCCCUGUAAUAGCACAGCAAGAAAUAGAAUUGCUUGCUGAUCAUUUUGGCUCAUCCCAAAAUGAAGAAGAACUGGCAAUUCGUGGAAAUUCUACAUUCACUAACAGAAUUGAAUCCACGUCCACUGUUUUCAAUGAUACAAUUGCCGGAGAMAUUAAUCUAGAAUAUCAUGAAUCUCGAGCUCUGGACGACGUAGAUGAUGGUAAUGACCAAGUAAAGGAAAUAGCAUUUUAUGUUGAGCAGGAUCCUGGUACUUCAAAUAUGUUUCUCAGAAGAGAGACAUAUUCAAAGUUGCUCGAAGAUGAAGUCGACGUGGAAGUUUCUUACCUCUUUCCCAUAGAGGAUGAUGUAUCUGCAAUUGCUAAUAAUACCAGCCCAGUUAGUUUCAGUGGAAAAGUCACCAAUUCGAAGAGCAAUUUCUUUACACCUGGAGAAGAAGUGUUCGGAAUUACAAAAGGCUGCCGUAUUGGUAAAAUGCUCAGAAGACAUGAUAAAGAACUGAUCAAGAAGCCCUCAGAGAUGAGUCUUAAACAAUCUGUUCUUCUCCCUUCGGCAUUUACAGUGGCUUUGGAAAUUGUUCGUUCAUCAACACUUAAUCAGAGUUGUUCAAGAAUACUUGUCCACGAAGUCGAUAAAACCCUCGGCUUUGCUGUCGCCAAAGUAGCAAUGGUAAAAGGGCAUCAAGUCUGGUGCACUGCAACGGGUGGAUACAGUGUCACUAAGAACCCACGGCUGCUCAAUAUUGGUGUCCAAAAGAUAUUUGAUUUGUCUUGCCUAGAGGCUGAAGAUAACUACGAAGGGUUUUUUGAUGCUGUAGUUUAUACAUCCUCGCCUCAUCCAGGAUCACUUCAAGCAAGUUACCGUCUGAUGAAGAAAAAAGCAACUCUUGCCUUUUCCUAUGGUGAAGUCGAAGGGAACAUUGCCUUGCCUGUGCACAAACGUAUCAGAUAUGAACGACUCUAUCCAGAAGACUUUCUUGGCAAAGCUGCUGAGUUUCCUGAAAUAUGGAUUAAGCAUAGCUCUUUCAUUAUGUCCAGUGGCAUAAUAGRUGAUGCUUCUUUGGUUCCCAUAGAUAUGAUGGAAGCCAUUGAAGAGUGGAAUAACAGAAAUCAAAAGACGAAAAAUGGAACAUUUAGAAUAUACAAGGUGGGACAAAUCAAAAGUAAUCCGAAAAUGCUUCCAGCUAGUAUGGAUAACUUUGGCCUGAAGGGAAACCGCACCUACAUCGUUGCGGGAGGUGUUCGAGGAUUUGGUUUUGAGGUUGCUCGCUGGAUYUGUGCUCAUGGAGCACAUACAGUAGUCUUGCUAUCUCGCUCGACAGCUACACAAGAAAAACUGAAAGAGGUUGAAGAACUUCAAUCAGCUACAGGAGCUGUGGUCUUAAUAUUUCAAUCAGAUGUAUCACGUGAAGAUGAUAUGGAAACUCUGCGAAAACGUCUCGAGAAUCUCCCUAGUGUGGCCGGCAUCGUGCACACAGCCAUGGUGCUGAGGGAUAGCACAAUAAAAGACAUGGAUAUAGACAGCUUCAAUGACGUCAUGGACCCCAAAAUCAAAGGAGGAUAUUUGCUGCAUAAACUCAGCCUGAACAUGGAUUUGGACUUCUUCAUAAUGUUUUCUUCAGUAGCUUCAAUGAUAGGCAAUGUGUCGCAAGCUUCGUAUUCCGCUGCAAACGCCUUCCUUGAUGGCUUAGCUGCAUAUCGACGUCAUACCCUGGGUUUACCUGGCUUGUCAAUCAACUGGGGACCAAUUGCAGGAGCAGGUGUACUCACGCGACAAAGUAAUGUUGCUAAGCUACUGUCGAGUGCUGGAAUGGUCUUAAUACCAGCAUCUGAAGGACCAAAACUGAUGUCAAAAAUAUCAAGUUCCCAACCCAAAAGAUCACAGAUUGGAUUGUUUGACAUGGACUGGGGCACGUUUUUGGCAAGCAACGCACACCUGACGACGUCAAUUCGUAUGGAACAUCUCCGAGUUGAAAAGAAGAAAGGAAAUGUAGUGUCUGGGCUAAGGUCUCUUGGUUCUAGCAUUCCUUUUGAAAGAGAUGCAACCAAACGAGCUGCAAUGAUUGAUGAAUUUGUCCUUAAUUUGAUGUCUGUCUGGACGGAAGUGAAUUCCACGUCUGAUAUCGAUAUUAACACUACCCUGUACAAUUAUGGCAUUGAUUCGACAGCGGCAUUGUCAUUGAAAAUGACAAUAGAAUCUAAUUUGAGAAUAUCAUUUGAGGUAUUUUACUUUAUGCAGCCCGAAACCACCCCUGCUAGAAUUGCACAAGACAUUAAGAAGUGGUUUGAAACAGAAAACACUCCAAAAGAAAAUGAGCAAAAUUCACAAUCUCAAUCGCAGGAAGACAAAAAAAGCAAACUGCGCCAAAUGAAUUCAGCAACACCAGUCGAUGACUAUCAGAAUACAAAGUUAACGUGUGAAGUUUUACCAUUAUACAACCCAGAAAACGCGGAGAUCAAAUUCUUUUGUGUUCAUCCAUCACAUUGUUAUGCAUUGAGCCUAGCAUCAAUUGCAGCAGGCUUUCAAAUUCAGACUUUGGUGUCAUUUUACGCGAUUGGAUACAAGGAACCAAUUUACACAGCUGAGGGACGCAACUGGAGAAGUGUUCGUGAGAUGGCUGAACACUACGUUGAUCUCAUCCGACAAGAACAGUUUCAUGGUCCAUUCUUCCUUGGAGGAUACUCCUUUGGGGGUCUUGUUGCCUAUGAAAUGGCAAGUAUUCUUCAAGAACGCGAUGAAAGAGUCGAGUUCGUGUGCAUGAUUGACACAUUUCCGUGGAACGCUGGAGGUUACAAUCGUUUUAAAGCGUGGUUCACUAACAAUUUUUCUCCAAUACAGCAAAUUCAGUGGCAAUUUGAUACGUAUCUUGAAAAGGUUGCUUUGCAAACACUGAGAAUUCCUGUCCAUGAAUUUGAACAGAUGAAAUCGGAAAAUUCUCUUGAAGACCUGAUUAAAGUCCUAGAAAGCAGGAGUAAGGAGAGAAACAUUCCGGUUUACGAUCUAAAUGCAUUACGGGAUACUCUGCUACAUGAUCACGAGAUUGCAACUCGAUGUCACGAGGAAUGGGAGCCUCCAGCCGAGCCUUUUACUGGUCACGUGACGUACAUCGGAUGCCAAGAUAAAAAAUUUGCUCCAAAGAGUCCUUUAAUGGGAACUGUCGAGAAAAGCUGGAAAGAAACUCUUCCUGGUCCAAUGGAUGUACUGGCAUGUCCAGGAAAUCACUUCACUCUUAGUGAGCUUCCAUUUGCACAGGUGACGGGUGGUAUAACAGCGACAGCACUUGCCAUGAAAUAUCGCUUGCUUUUCCCUGAAUUGUGUCACGUUAACAUGACGUUUAUACAACAAAGAGCCUCAAAUCACUUAAAGAAGGGAGUUGGAGUCACACUUCAUCCGAAAAAAGACAAAAGUGUGAUGGGUAAGCUGUUUUUUGACGAGGAGAAGAAUGCCAUGAUAUUUUGUAAAGGUGAUCAAUGUACCAAGCCAUCGAAAUUGACGGGAAAAGUGGUUUACUUAAAAGGAUUGCGAGGUGUGCUGCCCGGGAAAUACGUACGCAAGACUAUUAAAAACUGGGCAUCGAAGCCAACUGAAAACAGGCGGCCCAGCAAACUAUCCAACAUUGUAACAUUCUUUGAAAAGAAGGACUUAGUUAAUAUCGAAUUCCUGGACGCCGAGGAUCUGCAGCACUUCUACCUGCUCAUAGAAGGGCUUUUUAAUGUUAAAAUUGAGAUAGAUUAAAAGUAAAUAAUGAACAUUUAUAUAUAUAAGCCAGCUCAGUUGCUAUCACCAUCGUCUUCGUGAGUUGGAAUUGAAGUUGCGAAGUGCCGUCACUCUUAUUCCGUCGUAUCACGAUAUACUGAAAUCAAUCAAUAUAUUGACCUAAUUACAUUAAACUCGAUGUAGGCGCUCUAAGAGCGUCUAGUAUAACAUAAAAUUGACAAAAUAAUUCACCAAAAUCACAGUAGAAUGUAAAUCCAGUCUAAUCAAAAGAUACUUUACUGUAUUUAGGUGUAGAUAGUCUUCCUUUUGACCAAAUUCAGUUGACAAUUUUAAAAAGCUUCUUCGCCGCUCGGCAUAGUAUACAAUCGACUUGGCACUUGGCACACACGAAAAAUUUAUAUGUCCGGGAGAACAACAGGGACAUUUGUCUGCGCAUGCGUGAGUMAAAUAGAAUACAUAACGCGCGGUAUACCUGUGUUCGGCGGGAAACUUUGAAAAUGUAAAUGUAAGUAAACAUGGCUAUGUUGAGAGCUGGUGUCCUCUCUUUUGUAUUCAUUUGCGUGUGUUUUACUCUUCCCAUGAAUAAUCAAAGAAGAUGUUUUGUAUGUAGAUGAAACUGUGUAAAAAUAGUCCAAUUCAGGGUAAGUUUAAGAACUUGUUUCGUCAUAAAUACUCGAAGGUGGAAAUUUUUACUAAAAUUCACACGUUUCUGUACGUUUAUUUGAGAUAUCCACGCAAUUUUCAAAGGCGAAAUUAUACUUCUAUUCUUUUUAGAAUUACAUAAGAUUUUAAUUUAGGUAGGUUUCCGCUCUGGGCACGUCCCCGGUUUUUCGAGAAAUAGUUUUAAACCAGUGGGUCCGACAUAUUGAACUCUAGAAAAAAAUAGAAAAACCUUUCGAUUGAAGCUUAAUCCGAAUUCUUGGUCGAAAGUMUUACACUUUMUAAUUGUUUUUAUUUGCUCGAGAGAUGGAGAAAAUACAUUGAAAGUUCUGGCUUUUGGAGAAGUUUAUUUCCGACAUUAUGACUAAAACUGUGCGACGUUUCAACAUAUCAACAUUUUUGCACACGCCCUUAAAACAAUGAGCUAGAAAUGUAUGCCACGCAAGUUUCAUUGACUUGAUUUAAAUAAAAUCUGAGAGUUCUA